AGUGUAGCUCUGUAUAUAUCUGUGUCCAGUAGAGUCAGUUCAGCGGCAAAGCAAAGGAAAAGAGCAGAGGAGAGGAGAGGAGAGCUCAAGAGUUGAUACGCCAUGGCGGGAGGGCAGCUCAACGUGCUGAACACACUCGACCAGGCCAAGACGCAAUGGUACCACUUCAUGGCGAUCGUCAUCGCCGGCAUGGGGUUCUUCACCGACGCCUACGACCUCUUCUGCAUUUCUCUUGUCACCAAGCUGCUCGGCCGUAUCUACUACACCGACGUCUCACGGGACACCCCCGGCGCGCUCCCGCCAAACGUGUCGGCCGCCGUGACCGGCGUGGCGCUCUGCGGCACGCUCGCCGGGCAGCUGUUCUUUGGGUGGCUCGGCGACAAGCUGGGCCGGAAGAGCGUCUAUGGCUUCACGCUGAUCCUGAUGGUCGUGUGCUCGGUCGCGUCGGGGCUGUCGUUCGGGCACACGGCCAAGGGCGUGGUGUCGACGCUCUGCUUCUUCCGCUUCUGGCUCGGCUUCGGCAUCGGCGGCGACUACCCGCUCAGCGCCACCAUCAUGUCGGAGUACGCGAACAAGAGGACGCGCGGGGCAUUCAUCGCCGCGGUGUUCGCCAUGCAGGGGUUCGGGAUCCUCUUCGGCGCCAUCGUCGCGCUCGCCGUCUCGGCUGGCUUCCGGCGCGCGUACCCCGCGCCGUCCUACUCCGAGAACCACGCCGCGUCGCUCGUCCCGCAGGCCGACUACGUAUGGCGGCUCAUCCUCAUGUUCGGCACCAUCCCGGCUGCGCUCACCUACUACUGGCGGAUGAAGAUGCCCGAGACGGCGCGGUACACGGCGCUCAUCGCCCGCAACGCGAAGCAGGCGGCGGCCGACAUGUCCAAGGUGCUCCACACCGAGAUCGAGGAGAGCGUGGGCCGCGUCGACGAGGUAGCCGUCGGCGGCGAGGAGUGGGGGCUCUUCUCGCGGCAGUUCCUGCGGCGCCACGGGCUGCACCUCCUGGCGACCACCAGCACGUGGUUCCUGCUCGACAUCGCCUUCUACAGCCAGAACCUGUUCCAGAAGGACAUCUUCAGCAAGGUCGGGUGGAUCCCGCCGGCGAAGACCAUGAACGCGCUCGAGGAGCUCUACCGCAUCUCCCGCGCGCAGGCGCUCAUCGCGCUGUGCGGCACCAUCCCGGGGUACUGGUUCACCGUCGCCUUCAUCGAGAUCAUGGGGAGGUUCUGGAUCCAGAUCAUGGGCUUCGCCAUGAUGACGGCGUUCAUGCUCGGCCUCGCCAUCCCGUACCACCACUGGACGACGCCCGGCCACCACACCGGCUUCAUCGUCAUGUACGGCUUCACCUUCUUCUUCGCCAACUUCGGGCCCAACAGCACCACCUUCAUCGUGCCGGCGGAGAUAUACCCCGCGCGGCUGCGGUCGACGUGCCACGGCAUCUCCGCCGCCGCCGGGAAGGCCGGCGCCAUCAUCGGCGCUUUCGGGUUCCUCUACGCGGCGCAGGACCAGCAAAAGCCCGAGCCCGGGUACCCCAAGGGCAUCGGCAUCAAGAACGCGCUCUUCGUGCUCGCCGGCACCAACUUCCUCGGGACGAUCAUGACGCUGCUCGUCCCGGAGUCCAAGGGCAAGUCGCUCGAGGUGAUUUCUCAGGAGGUCGCCGACGACGAGGAGGCCGCCUAGCCUAUCAGAAUUAGUUUGACCGUUUGACCCCGCGCGUGAUGCACAGAGUGGUUGCUUGCAUCGCGCUGUCCGUUUUACCUGGCUAAGCUUUCUAGAUACAGCUUGCAUGUGAGACGUGUACAUGUUCUUGAUGAACUUGUGAGCUUUUCCCUGCAUUUUGAAAUUAGCAAGCAGUGUCUUUUAUAGCCUCAGUGGUUCGCAAAAUGCAAUGGAUAUAUAUACCGGUUGUUCAGGAA